CCGUGGGCGGGGAGGAGCCGCCUCCAUUGGACCGCCCCACGGCAUCACGGGAGCGCGCCCUGCGCCUGGCAGCCUCCGGCUUUCCACGCACCUGCACCUGCGUAGCCCUCCUAGGCGCUCUUUCAGAGGAGGGACUCCUGACGCGUUCAGGGAUUCUUUUUGCACCCAGCUCUCUUAUGGAAGGUCGAUGUUCUCCGUGGAAACGCUGAGCUUCUCUUAAACGGGAUAGGUGGAACUUUGCUCCCAGACAGCCCGGAACCACAAGUCGGGAGCACAGCGUUUCCUAAUUGACCUCUUUAGCGAUCACUUCCGCCCAGGGGCCUGGAAUACCUGAGACCCUUCGGCGGCGAACGACGGGCAAGGCACUUCCGGUUUCUGUUGCUAAGGCGCGGGCCCGGUGGGCGGUAGAGACAACAGUAUUGGCGUCGUCCUCUCCCCCCUUCCCGGGGGUCGAGAUGUCGGGUCUUAGCCGUUUAGAGAUGGAGGGCUGUCGUCACCUGCUCGGCUUACUGGACAACGACGAGAUCAUGGCCCUAUGCGACACCGUCACCAACCGCCUAGUGUACCCUGAGGACCGCCAAGAUGCUAUUCGUGCAAUAUUAGUGUAUAGUCAAAGUGUAGAAGAGCUUCUUAAACGUAAAAAAGUCCACCGAGAAGUCAUAUUUAAGUACUUGGCAACACAGGGGGUGGUAAUACCUCCAACUACUGAAAAACACAAUCUAAUUCAGCAUACAAAAGAUUACUGGGAAAAGCAAUUGCAACUGAAACUGAAGGAAACACAGGAGCCAGUUACAAAGACAGAGGACCUCGGACUCUUUCAGCAGGCAAAAGAAGGAAAAAAUGCUGAAAAAGUUGAUUUUCGUCGCCUAGGAGAAGAAUUCUGCCGUUGGUUCUUUGAACUUCUUAAUUCUCAGAAUCCUUUUCUGGGCUCACCUCAAGGUGAAUGGGGACCACAACACUUCUGGCAUGAUGUCAAACUUAGGUUUUAUUACAAUACUUCAGAACAAAAUGUGAUAGACUACUAUGGAGCAGAAAUUGUAAGCCUUCGUUUAUUGUCACUAGUAAAAGAAGAAUUUCUUUUUCUCAGCCCCAACCUAGAUUCCCGUGGACUAAAAUGUGCUUCUUCCGCACAUGGGUUAGUUAUGGUUGGUGUUGCGGGCACUGUUCAUCGAGGGAACACUUGUAUGGGCAUUUUUGAACAAAUUUUUGGACUUAUCCGCUGCCCUUUUGUGGAAAAUACUUGGAAAAUCAAAUUUAUCAAUCUGAGAAUUGUUGGAGAAAGUUCCCUUGCUCCUGGAACAACACUGAAACCAGCUGUUAAAUUUGAACAGAGUGACCUAGAGGCCUUUUAUAAUGUAAUCACUUCGUGUGGUGACAACGAACUAAAACUUACUGUAAGGCAAACAGUGGAUAGUGGGACUGGAGACCAAGCUUUAUGUAGUGGAAAUGAGGCAUUGUUAGAAAAAAAGAGAAUUGAGUUUACCUAACCCUCUAGAGCAUUGAGCACUGUUAUAUCAGCUUAAAAAGUCUUCCAUGUGGAAACUUUUCAAAUACUGCAUCAGUAAUUUCUAAGUUAUUUCAGAUGUAAGGAUUGACAUAUUUUAGUUCAAAUGCUUUCUGGACUACAGACUGACACAUUAUGUGAAUACUUGGCCUAUUUCUACCUGAGUUUCAUCAAAUGUUCUGGAGAGCUUACUGCAGUUUAUCAAAUAAAUCCCACUUUAGAUGUUGUAUAUAACUGUGUGCCUUAGAAACCAGGUAAUAUCUUAAUUUUCACUUAGUAGUUAUUGGUAUCUAUAUUUUCCAUACAGCAAAGGAUUAGUAGUGUUCUAGGCUAUCCUCUUUAAGUUUUUCAUUUACUUUGAUCAAGGUCUGGAUAUUGAAUAUUUUCCAAAUGCAUCUCAGUACAGUAUUGUUUUUAAAAAUCUUAGAUAUUUUAGAGAUGGUUAAUGUCAACUCAGUAUUGUCAUUUUAGAAAACUCAAAUAACAUUCAAAAGACCAAAAAUUUAGCAGAGGGAGAAAAAUAUAAGUAUAGAACCAUUUCUCAAAGUUGGCUGCUCUGAUCCAAGCUAAAAGUCUCUUUUAAUAUGCACUGUUUUCUGAACUUUUUUGGGGAAUGAUAAAUGCUAUCCUCAAAACAGACUUUAUUCUUACCAAGGCUUCAGCCAACAGUUUUAUAGAGUAUUUAUUGUAGCACCAUAUAAAAGAAAGUAACUGUUGAAAUUUUUAAGGUGUGCCUAGAUCCAACUUAAAAAAAUGAAUUACUGUUUCCUCCUGAUUGAUAUUGAUAGAGGUGACCCCCGCUGCCCCCCAAAAAAAACAAACUUAGAACAUGGGCAUGCAUAUAUGCAAAUGCAUAAUAUAUCCUCAGUAUAAUUUAAACUUAGUUUUCACCUCUAAUUUGUGUUAUAAGAUUUGACUUAUAAGUUUGAGUUGCCAGAUUUAAAGCAACUAUGUAGUUGCUUUAAAGUUUAAGUUUCUCAUCACCCAACAACUAUUUGCUGAUACUGGAUUUAGUUAGGAAUUGUGAUUCAUAAAAGUACAUUUAGGAAAAAAUUUAAUGGGAUAAUAUAAUGAUGUUUUAUAUGUGUUAAGUUUUGACAUUUAACUCUGCUCAUGAUUAUCUAGGGGAGACAGAUGAAUAUUGGAAGCAGGAGGAAAACACUUUUUUUUAAUGAUAUGCUUCUUAUGAGGAAUACAAAUUGAUAUGUCAUAAAAAUAAGAGUAAAGGAGGGAAAUCCCUUUUGUCUGUGUAAGAAUAGUGUAUUGUUUAGAUUUACUUUACAUUUGUCUUGCUCUUAGAUAAAAUUUUAGACAUUGAGCUGAAAUAAAACAAAUUUGCUGCUAGUUACACUACUGGUAUAAAAAAAAUUAGUAAUAACGAAAACAGUCAUCUGAAAAGUAAUUAUCUCAUACUUUUAUAAGCUAGACAAUCAGGUCAUAAGUCCAUCUUUACCUGUCCUAUAACUGCUUGGGUUUAGAGUUUUAUUUCCUAGGUUUAAAGUACCAUUAUAAAAUAUAAAUAUUCUAAAUAAAUGAUAAAAUUCAAAACACUUCAUCUCUUUUGCUAUUGAUGUCAGGUAGUGCAGAAAUAUUACUAUAGAUGCUCAGGUGGGCAGGGAUUUCCUUUAGCUGUCUUCAGGAUCGCAUAUUUGAAUUUGUAGAAAGCCCAAGGAAAGCUGCAGUUUCUUCACAUUUUUAAUCAGCCUUAAAAAUUGAAAUCUAGACUUAAGUGGAUUGGGACGUUUUUUUUUUUUUUUUUUUCCAGGAGGUGAAUCCCCACAUCUGAGAACAUAGUAGGGCCUCUUGUUGAAUCGAAUAGUUAAAUGUGUGAGCCAAAAAAAGCUUACAUACUCGGGGAAAAAAAUAAUUUAUGUUUUGUUCUUGUCAGUGUUGUUUUUUUUUUGGUCAUAUAAUCUGUUUGAAUUUUAUAUGUGGAUACACAGAAACUUCUGGGCCCCUAACUAAUAGAUUUGAGAGGAGAACUACUGACCUUGAAAGCUCAGGGUGAUUGGGAUAUGUUUAAGAGCACUAAUGCUACAGAAGAUACAAGGGAAUUGAAGAAGCAGUACUGGGAAGAAAAUGUUGGGAGGAAUUAAAAUCUGUUCAUGAAAUAUGGAGCUUGAUUUAGUCCUCAAUAAUGGCUAAAAGUGUCCUUUGAAAUCUUUUACUGCCACCACAUUAGUCUGUUUAUGUUUGGGGAUGGCAGAGGUACUAGUUUUAAGUCUGUGUUGGUUUGUUAUAUCCAAAUAGCAUUUGGAAAGUCUGCAGUCAGAUAGUAUAGAAUGCAACACUACACAUAAUGCCUGAUAAUUGGGUAGUCAAAGUUGGGGAUUAUUUGAACUUUUAUUUUCUUCAGGCUGGUUUGCCAUAGCCUAAUAAUAGGGCAUAUAUGGCUAAAUACCUUUUUUUGUUAGAAUUAAAAAUAGUUUACUAGAUAAUUGCUGAGAGCCAUAGCCAAGUAGGAAUGAGGCAUGGCAUUUUUGGAUGAAAGGUGACUCCAGCAAGCCAUUGAGAUGAUAAUGAUUAUGUUAAGAUGUGCAUUCAAUUGGAGAUUAGACCCCUGUGGUCCA